AUGGCGGUUCACCCUGUGUUGUUGGUAGACCUACCUCUUGUCAGGUCUGUACCUAGUAGGCAGACUCUAGUAUUGACAGUCCAAUCAGAAGGUUACCCAGCACCUCACUUUGAGUGGUUCCGCAGCUCUGAUCAUGUAGUGGUAGACCUGAUGGCAGUUCGUCCUGUGUUGUUGGUAGACCUACCCCGGGUAGUGGUAGACCUGAUGGCAGUUCGUCCUGUGUUGUUGGUAGACCUACCUCGUGUCAGGUCUGUACCUAGUAGGCAGACUCUAGUAUUGACAGUCCAAGCAGAAGGUUACCCGGCACCUCACUUUGAGUGGUUCAACAGCUCUGAUCAUGUAGUGGUAGACCUGAUGGCAGUUCACCCUGUGUUGUUGGUAGACCUACCUCGUGUCAGGUCUGUACCUAGUAGGCAGACUCUGGUAUUGACAGUCCAAGCAGAAGGUUACCCAGCACCUCACUAUGAGUGGUUCCGCAGCUCUGAUCAUGUAGUGGUAGACCUGAUGGCAGUUCACCCUGUGUUGUUGGUAGACCUACCUCGUGUCAGGUCUGUACCUAGUAGGCAGACUCUGGUAUUGACAGUCCAAGCAGAAGGUUACCCAGCACCUCACUAUGAGUGGUUCCGCAGCUCUGAUGAUGACUGUGCAAUGCCUAACAUUGUUCUCAAUGAGUCGUCCAACUUGAUUGAGGUGAAGAAUGCAGGACUAUAUGAUGAAGGUCUUUACUGUUGUAGAGUUUAUAAUGAAGCUGGGGAAAUCUUCUCCAGUACAUGCAGACUCUCUGUAUUCGAAAGACCUCCAGAUGACUACUUAGCAAGUGCCAAGGUGGCUUUGCUGAUAGGCAACGAGGAUUACCUCGAUGCAGAACUGCAAGGGCUGCAUGCUCCCAGUAAUGACGUCGCAGUUCUCGCCUCAAUAUUGUCCCGUCUCGGCUUCCAUGUUGUAGCACUGCACAACCUAACUCGGACAGAAAUGUACAACGCUUUCCGCUGGUUCUGCAGCAUUCUUCCAGAGAACGCCUAUGCCUUCUUCUACUUUGCCGGGCACGGGUUCUCCAAGCUAGCAUCCAAGUUCAUGAUGCCCAUAGACUGUCCCAAAGAGGAGAUUCAGCUUCAUGAUUGUCUGUGUGAUGAACAGCUGACUCAGAUAUUAGCACAAGGAGAGCAACUGCAACUACUCGUCAUGCUGUUUGACUGCUGUCUCGUAGAGUCAAGAGAUUUAUCUAUCGGGAGGACUGAGUUUGAGCAUGACCUAGGCAACUGCAACAUUGUUCUAGGAACUGCAACCAGAAACUAUCAGAAUGCUUACGAGAGCGAUGCAGACGCCAAUGGCUUGUUUGUCAACCAUUUACGAGAACAUCUGGAAGACAAUCUACCCAUCAUAGAGGUGCUGCGGGCUAAUCAGAGAGAUUUCAGGGAGAAACAACAACAGCCAACCAUCUUCUUUAGUGGAGCUGACAAUUGCAGCCUCACCGAUCCCGUUGUUGAGAAUGCACAAUUAGAAGAAAAACUAAGAUCAGAGGUUGAUUUUGAGGUUGAGAAAAAGAUUUAUUUCAAAAGGAUCAACAAAGGAUUCACCAUUCACAUUACCAAAAACAAGAAUUGUUUCUUGAAUUCAGUUGAUUUGCAGUUCCCUGAGGACUUUACUUACAACUUUUCUGUUGAAAUCAACUCCCAGGAUGUUAAGUUGGCUGUAGAGCAUAGAACAGUUACAAUACACAAUCUACAAAGGGUUAAGAGUUGCUUGUACAUCACUGUCUUCAUCAACGGACUGAGAAGAGAAGACGAGGGAUUUGUAAGUGGACCUCACGACAGUUGUGAGUUUACCCUCAACUGUCCCAUCAUACAGAGACAGCUGUGGCACAACCCAGGGACUUACGACCCCAUACUCAACCCAACAAUGCUGGGGUCAUAACUUUAUCUGUCUCUUCCAGAUUCUCAUCCAAUGUGAUUUUAUGUUUAGUGAUACAUUUUUAAGGUAUAUACACAGUAGACUCCCUCUCGUUCAGAAAAAAAUCCACCUUGUCAACAUUAAAAAAAGUGUAAACCAUCAGAAGCUAGCAAACAUUUUCAUAAGUACAGUACAACCAAUGAAUACAAAGCCUAUAAGAAGCACAAUGCCUUUGUUUUAAAUUCAGUCUGGUAAUAUUUUAAUUUUGAAUAGUUCCAGCGGCCAAGUCAGCUGACUGAGUGAGAGAGAAUGAGACAUAGAAUUGGCUUUAAGAGAGAGAGGGAUAAAGCCGGGUUUACACGAUGCCAGUUGGCGAGACAAUUGCCAGGAGACAACUGACUGGCUUGGAAUUACUGGCAUCGUGUAAACACUUCAGGCCAAUUGGCAAGCCAAUUGUCCCGCCAACUGUCCCGAAAUUCAGUUGUCUCCGGGAGUAGACUGAGGACAAUGAGCUGGGCCCAGUGAGGCCCCCACCCCUCGAAAACCCAGUUGUCGUGACAAUUGGCACCGUGUAAACGGUGUAGAGGCCAAUAGCACUGUCUUUUCUUUUAGCAGUAGUACCCUGGUUCACUGUAAAAUGCAUGGGCAAGUGUUGGCCACGUGUGAACAGGUUCUCGUUCAACUUGCCUGGCCUACGACAAUUCCAAAACCACGUGAUGCCAAUUGGCAAAGACAAUUGUCUUGCCAACUGGCAUCGUGUAAACCCGGCUUAAGUGCGACUGCCACCCGAGCGGUGGUAGCGGCGGCCGCGGGAAACUCAUUUUUUCGGCAAAUUCCAGUCUGACUAUUCUCUAUAAGGAUUUCGCUUCUUAAAGGGUUUGUAUUAAUUGGUACAACUGACCAAACUAAAAAAAAGGAAAACCAGUGACAAGAUCUGUACAACCUAAUGUGCUAUACAAUUGGGUUGUGAAUACAAUUUUUAUGGGCAUAGUAGCCGUCUGUAAGAGAGUCCUUCUUGGAUCAUGCUUAUUGUCAUCCGGACCAAACAAGAGAGAGCAUACUAUUGUAGUUGUUUCUAAAUUUUUUCUACACAUCAGUAAUCAUUGUUUUAAUGAAGUGUUGAGGUAAGAUUCAUCCAGUUUUUUGAAUCUUUGUAAUAGUAGGUGUUUUCAAAUUGUUCAUAGUUAAGUUGCAUCAGAUAUAUUUUUAAUGUAUUCUUAACUUUGCUGUUUUACCAUGAAAACUAUUUUUUUUGUUUUAAAUAUAAUU